GCCGCUAGCCGCGCAGAUCGUUUCAACGUCCAGCCGGAAAACAACCGAUACUAUCAACUCAAGGAACAACGUCCAGCGCUGAUGGCCAAGUACAUUGCGGAGGGAAAAAUGGACGACCCCGCUCGAAAGUACCGCUUGGAAGAUGCUAGGGACUUUGUAGGCGAAUGUCCUGACAUGUGUCCCGAGUAUGAACGUCACGAGCGAGAGUUCCAGAAGGGGCUUAUGGAUUUCAUGCAGAUACCGGAUACGGAGAAGGUGGACCACGCAAGGGCUGUGAAGCGAUAUCGGCGAUCUGCAGCGGACGAUGAGCAGCCACUACCUUGCGAUGUUCGCCCGCCCGCAGUUUUGAAUAGAACAUUGGACUACCUAAUCCACGAUUUGCUUCCACAAUACGACCUCCAAAGGACCUACGGAUUUAUCCGUGACAGAAUGCGCGCGAUUCGGAAGGAUAUAACCUUGCAGAACCUGCGAGGCCCCGAAGCUGUUUCGCUCUUCGAGCGCAUUGCAAGGUACCAUCUUAUGUGCUCUCAGGCGCUAUGCGAAAAAAUCGAUAUCAAACAAGAGUAUGAGCAGCUGGGAAAGACCCUGCAGAGUUUAAUCGAGUUUUACGAUGAUCUGCGGGAACAUGGCCAGGAGAUGCCGAACGAAGCAGAGUUCCGUGCCUACUACUUACUUCAUCAUGCGUUCAACCCUGAUGUUCAAUCAGCGAUGGAAAACAAGUUCCGUGGCACCGCGUUCAUGCUUCACCCAUCGAUCCAGCUAGCAUUAAAGCUUCGAGGCCUCAUGCCACGAUUGGACCUCCAUCACGAUGACGACGAUGACGAUGGGAUGGAUAACGCCGAGUUGGCCGGUGAAGGACGGAUGGAGGCAUAUGCUACUUUCUUCAACAUCCUUGAAGACCCACAGACUCCCUACCUGUUGGCUUGCGCCGCACAUCCCCACUUCAUCGUCGUACGCCGCUAUGCGUUCAAACAUAUGAACGCCGCUAUCUACGUUUUCCCAGGAACCCCCGAUACGUGGACAUCCUUAACCAGUUUAGUGCACCGUCUUGGCUAUGACAACCAGCAGGAUGCACAAAUUGAUAUCGAUUACUAUGAGAUACCAACUGCGGAACUGGAUGGCGAGGUGUAUGCAUCGAUUGGGAAAGUGAAGCAGGUCGGAGCGGAUGGGAAGUCACAGAUGGUGCCGGGAAAGUUCAUAGGUGAGGCUAGAGCUGCGGACGUCCGUUCUGAUCUUUUCUAUGGGCACGAUGCUUAUUCUUUCACGAACUAG